CUUAUCUACCUUGAUCUGCCAUAGCAAUGCACGGUGUACGACGCGUCCGACAGUCUCGUGAGGCCCAAGAGGCCAAGCAGGAGCGCGACAAGGCCAAACUCGUCGCCUAUCUAGCUCUCACUGAUGAUGUCCUGGCUAGAAAGAAGAGCCAAGACUGGAGUCAAGAUGCUUUCGACCUCACUUCCCGUCUACUGAGUACCAAUCCUGAGUUCUAUACUGUCUGGAAUUAUAGACGAAAUAUACUCCUCCGUGGCAUAUUUCUCGUCAGCUCUGCCAAGGAGAUAUACGAAUUACUGACCAAUGACCUCGCAAUGACCACCAUCGCACUCAAGGCCCAUCCCAAAGUGUAUUGGAUCUGGAAUCACAGACGUUGGUGCCUUGAGAGUAUCCCGGAUGGCGGUGAUGGUGAUGAUACCCAAGGAUGGAAGAAGACAAGUUGGCAGCGGGAGAUGGGCCUAGUAGAAAAGAUGCUCGAGGCCGAUGCUCGUAAUUUUCACGCAUGGAAUUAUCGAAGAUAUGUUCUCGCCGGAAUGCCUGUCCGAUGGUCUGAAAUUGCAGAACUUGGUUUUACGACGAAGAAGAUAGAAUCCAAUUUUUCAAACUUCAGUGCCUGGCAUCAGCGAACCAAGAUCCUUUCCUCCUUGUGGGAUAGCGGUAAACUCAACAGAGCCGCUACGCUUCAACAAGAGUUUGACCUCGUUCAGAACGCGAUGUAUACAGAUCCGAAUGAUCAGAGUGUAUGGCUUUAUCAUCGAUGGCUCGUCGGCACAGGCGAUGAUCGUGAGCUCCUCGAGCGGGAGAUAGUUGUCAUCCAGGAACUGUUGGACGAGCAGCCCGAUAGCAAGUGGUGUAUGGAAUCGCUUGUUCACUACAAGCAACUUCUGCUUCGGAAUCAUUCGACGUCCAUAGGCGAGGGAGGUUCACAGGUGCUCGUGAAGGAAUGUCUUCAGUUGCUCGAUCAACUCGAGAGCAUCGAUCCUCAGCGGCGGCGAAGAUACCAGCAACUUGCCAACGAGGUGAAGCGAUAAACAAUCUAAGAACCAUUUGCUAUUGCUAUGAAGGUGUAACACUUGUACAAUUUGGUCGCGCUCACUGUAUUUCCCUUGAAAUCUGCCUCUAUCGAUGACAAUUUUCACUUUGUCCUUCCGGAAGCCAGGUCGUCCUCAUGGCACUUACCCUUCGAAUAC